AUGGACAAGCCACCCGGCGACACCCCGAGCGACAGCAGGUCGGACAGACCAGACGCGACGCCUGCCGGCAGCAGCACGGCCGUAGCUGAGACCAACGCGACGCCCGCUGUCAGCGACAUCGACGGCCGCUUCAAAUCGCUUCGCGUGCUUGCGACUGUCGCCGCCGCCGUUAAGGCGGACGUACAGCCGCCCAUGCCUGACCCACAGCAGCCUGACGAUCAGACGCAGGAGCUUCAGCGCUCGCUUCAGGUUCAGCAGGCUCAGCAGGCUCAGCAAGUCCAGAAAGCUCCCCAAGUUCAAGCCCAGAACACUCCCCAAGUUCAGCCAGAUCAGCAAGCCCCCCAGGUCCAGCAAGCUCCACAAGCUCAGCAAGUCCAGCCAGCCCAAGAGGUCCAGCAGGUCCAGAAAGCUCACCAGGCUCAGCAAGCCCAGGAAGCUCCCCAAGUUCAGCACGCUCCGCAAAUUCAGCAAGCUCAGCAAGUCCAGCCAGCUCUUCCACUAGCUCAGCCAGCUCCACAAGCUCAGAAAGUCCAGCAAGCUCUGCAGGCUCCCCAGGUUGAGCAAGCUGAGGAAGCUCAGGAAGCUCCCCAAGCUCACCAAGUUCACCAAGUUCAUCAAGUUCACCAAGUUCACCAAGUUCAGCAAAUCCAGCACGCUCCCCAAGUACAGCAAGUCCAGAACGUUCAGCAAACGCACUCCCACCCCUCCCACUCCCACCCCUACCACGAGCCCAACCACAGCACCACAUGCGGCUGCUGCAACCUCGCCGCCGACGCGCCGACGUACACGCCUGAGGAGCGCGAAAUGAUAGCCACUAUCACGGCAAAUUGGAGAGUGAGAAUGGUGCAGGAAGGAAGAAUCGCAGGGGACGAUGCAGAUAGUGCGGGGAUCGGUGCCCGUGCCUCGCAGGAAGGUGGUGAGGUGGUGGAGGAGGGUGGGAGUGCUACCGCUGCUGCUGGCGCUGCUGUUGGCGAGGGCGCGGCGGCGGCGGAGAGGGAUGACGACGAACGACAGCGUGAGGAGGCUGCUGGAGGAGCGAGCGCGGAGCCGGAGGCUAUGGAUUGGGCUCCAGCAGCGGAGGGGGAGAGAGCGCAGCGUGUACAGCAGAGGCAGGAAGAGGAGGUUGCCGGCGAGGACCAGCAGCAGAGCGUCGAGACGGCUGCCGCCCCUGUCGCCGCCACCGCCGCUAAUAUCGACGACCCUUCUCGUCACGAUGAAGAAGUAGUAGUCAGCGACGACGAGGGAACCCGAACAACAGCUUCCCGCGCCACGAGCGAAAUGACCGACGCCGCCAACAGGAUGAGAGACGCCGCCGACAACCUGCGCAACAUCGCCCUGCUAUUCGGCGAGGCGGGAGGCAACGCCGGCAUCAUUUCCGCGCAGCCCAGCAGCGCCAGCAACACUAAUUCGACCAACUCCCCAAGCAACGAGUCGAGGAGGCGCGCCAGUAGCAAGACGCCCGCCAGGCAACCCGGCGGUGGCGGCUCUUCUCCCCGCCGCUCCCACGCGCCGCCUCGAAGAAGCGGCGGCGGUGCAUCUACUACUCGCGGCGGCAGCACCCCGGCCGCAACCAUUGCCACCAGCAGCAGCAACGAUAGCAAGAACGACAGCACGACGACAACGACAACACUCAGCUACGGCGAAAUCUUCCGCAUCGCCAUCGACCCCGCGCCGUUCGACCCGCGCAUCUACACGCUCCUCACGCCCGGCGCGGCGCUGCUGUGCGAGCGCGAGCGCUACGCCGAGUGGUGGCGCCGCAGCUUCCUGAUCGUGCAAAAGGAGCCGCCGGCGGGACUUCCCACGCCGAAUGAUGACCCGCGAGCGCGCUGGCGUCUGGAUCGACAGCUCACGGCGACAUGGUCGGAACAGGAGUGCGCGCCGGCGGAUGGUCCGGUGGGCACGGCGAAGGCGAUUGUGGAGCCGUUGUUGGAUCAGCAGGGGAGGCUGAGGGGGUUGGGUGCCGGUGGUGGUGGUGCGCGCGGCGGCGGCAGGCGGGCGGGGAGUGAGGGGCUGCUGCUGCAGCGGACAAUGGCGACGCCGACACCGAUGCCGACAACGGCGGCAGCGGGACAGAAGCAGGGAGGCAACAAUCAGCGCCGGAAUGGGAAGGAUGGCUCUACGUCGGGAUAA